CUUUUAUUUUUUUUCCACAAUAACAUCAGUACUUUCCUAACAACAACUUUCAAUGUGUUUUUAUGUCAGGAGAGGCACCAUGAAAAUUAAAACAACUCCACAAAAUAUUUCUCUUGUUGGAUUAUUAAACACAAAUGAAUCUAGCUCAGGGGUCGAAAUAAGGUCGCAGUCACUGAUGGCCAAUGAGCAGCUGAGCUGAGGUAAGUGAAAGACCAAAGCCAGUGUUACUACAUAUGGGCCCUAUGUCAUUCCGUUUUCAGAUUCUUGUGGAGAGGUUGCUGAUGGGACCCGAUCGACCGGAACGCCCCGAACGGCCUGUCAAGCUCAGGACAACCAUAUACAACACCUCAGAUUUUCAGCUUGAUGUGGUGACCACCAGAGAAAAGAUGGAUGAUAUCUACACCUUGCAGCAGAUGGUGGGAAGAGGAAGCUACGGUGUGGUUUUCAAAGGCCGUGUGUCAGAGACAGGCUGGUGGGGCCAAAGGGGUGACACUGUGGCCAUCAAACGUCUACCGUGUUGCAGCCCAGAGAGUAUAGAGCUAUACCUGCAGGAGCUCUGGGCUAUGAAACUCACUUCGAGAAACCACCCCAACAUCAUCGCUCUAUAUAACUGCCUCUUACAGACUGGACCAAAAACACUGCAGCCCCUGAGAUCAGGUCGACUGCCUUUGGACUUAGUAGAGGGCACUCUCAAAGGAAAAGUGGUGGACAAUAACUCAAAAACCCAAAUGAGGAAUCUGUCCAAGUCAAAGAGAAGGCUGAUAUCCACAGAAGAGGUCCCCAGGCGCUGCUUUGCUCUAUGGUUGGUAAUGGAGUAUUGUGAGGAAGGCGAUCUGAACCAGUACAUUCUGUCCAGGCCACCGGAUGCUGAGUGCAACCACGUCGUGGUUCAGCAGCUCAGCAGUGCCAUUGCGUUCCUGCAUGGAUGUGGAAUAGUGCACCGUGAUAUAAAGCCUGAUAAUGUGCUUGUGUCUCUUACAAAAACCGGACCAGUGGUCAAGGUGGCAGACUUUGGCCUGAGUAAGAUGGUGGACAGUCCUACAGAUGGUGUCCGUAGUAGACUGACUCUGUCCUCUACGUGUGGCUCAGACUUCUACAUGGCUCCUGAAGUGUGGGCAGGUCGUAAUUAUACAGCCCAGGCUGAUAUCUUCUCUCUGGGUGUGCUGUUCUGGGCCGUGCUGGAAAGAAUCACAUUCCUUGAGCAUGGCAGCAGUCAAGAACAACUAGGAGCGUAUGUGAUGCGAGGCCGCUGGCUUGCACCGCUAGGAGAGGCGCUGUGUGACAAUCCCGACCUGCAGUUGAUUAUCCCUAUGAGGGCACGACGCGCUCCCCCACUGCCGCCACCUCCAAACCCCACCAUGUGCUCGCUGCUGCUGGACAUGCUCAAUUCAGACCCUGACAUCCGGCCCAAUGCCGACCAGCUGAAGCAGCGGGUACACACUGCCAUACAGAUGAACUGACCUCAGAACAGACUUCCGCAUGGUGUCAUUUUUACACUUUGAGAAUAAUUUCACCAUGAGGCCAAUAAAAGUUAAAGCAGU